AUGCAAAGAGCUCACCCAGAGGAAUACAGUUUUGUUCCUCAAACCUGGGUUCUCCCUGCAGAAUAUGCUGCAUUUCAAGGCUAUUGUAGAGAACUAAAAAAAAGAAAGAAACACAAAACUUUCAUUGUCAAACCAGCAAAUGGAGCCAUGGGAAAUGGGAUAUCUCUGGUACGAAAUGGAGAUAGAAUCCCAUCUCAUGAGCAGAUUGUGGUCCAGGAAUAUCUUGACAAACCUUUUCUCCUCGAGGGAUUCAAGUUUGAUCUUAGAGUAUAUGUUUUGGUUACAUCAUGUGAUCCACUGAGGAUAUUUUUGUAUCAUGAUGGACUUGUUCGCAUGGGAACUGAAGUGUAUGAAAGCCCUUCAGAUGAAAACCUGGAUGAGCUUUUUAUGCAUUUAACUAAUUAUUCAAUAAAUAAACACAAUGAGAACUUUGACCAAGAUGACAGUGAUGACAGUGGAAGUAAAAGAUCUAUAAAGUUUUUGAAUGACUGGCUUCAGUCCAUGGACUAUGAUGUAAACUUUCUUUGGCACAACAUAACAGAUGUACUGGUAAAGACAUUAAUAGUUGCCCAGCCUCAUAUUUUGCACUCUUACCGAAUGUGCCGACCUGGUGCACCUCCUGGAAGUGAGAGUGUUUGUUUUGAGGUUUUAGGUUUUGAUAUUUUGUUGGAUCGAAAACUUCGCCCGUGGCUUUUAGAAGUGAAUCGAUCACCCAGUUUCGGUACUGACACCAAACUUGAUAGUGAAAUUAAAGGAGGAGUGUUAACUGAUGCACUGAAUUUGCUUAACAUCAGGGUCAGUGACAAACGUCGUGGCAUGGCGGCUGAAAAAGCAGAAGCACAGAAAAGACUCUUAACACAGCCAAAAAGGAAUGAGUACUCCAUGUCGGAACUGGAAAAGAAGAAGAUGAUUUUAAACAAACGUCGAACGGAACUUAAAGAGAGACUAAAUCAAUUAAGGAGAGAGACGGCAAGAGAAGAGUUUGAGAACAUGAACAUGGGAAAUUUCCGAAGGAUAUAUCCUCCUGAAGACAAAACAAGACGAGAAAAGUAUAACGGGCUUUUAGCAGACGCUUUCAAGCUCUUCUUGUCAGGUAGAGCUGUAUCUCUUCAAAAGGACGGUAAUCAACCAUUCAGCACCCUCAGGGAAGAAGAAAUCCUCGAUUUAUUAGAGCAGUGUGAAUGUGAUGAAAAUAUAACAUUCGACAAAUCUGGCAACCGUCCGAUGAGCAAAGGACCAAAGCCCUUGUCAUCCAUGCCAAGUGCUAAAUCCAUCACAAACAAGGAGGACUCUUCAACUUCGUCCUCUUCAGUUUCUUCAAACCCACAACAGACCUCGACGUCAUCAUCGUUCAGACCCGUUUCUGCCCAAAAGGCGCCAAACUCGGCCAAUAACGGCCUGAUAUUACCACGCUCCUCCGCGCAUAGAAUCGUGACGUCGUCUUCAUCUCCUCCAAUGAAAUUCAAUCCCGUGGUGGACGCUGCUUUUUUGGAUGCCGCUGUCCGGGAGAGAGAAGAAGAAUUAUGCCGGCGAACACUGCAGGCUUUGCUUGACAUGAGGAUUAAAUUUCCAGGAAAAACAGACGAGGAAGCAGAAGUCAUUUUAGAAAGUAUCCAGGAUAAUUGGAAAUUUCACAAGCCGAGAGUGGCUUCCUAUUGGUUGGUGAAGCUCGACUCGAUAAAGCGGAGAAAGGUUGUGGACAUUGUGCGAACAAACGUUCGCGCAAUUUUACAACGCGUCUGGCGAGCAUCUGAAGUUGAUAACUUGCGCCUCUGCCGCGUUUUCUCUAGAGUAUUUAACAGAUUGUUGUGGAGUCAUGGACAGGGAUUAUGGAACUGCUUUUCAAACUUGGGAAACUCUUGGGAGACAAUUUUUAGCAAGAGUACAGAGGUGCUAUCUUCGACUGAGAUGAGCUGCUGUCGUCGAAUUGUCCAGCUUUGUCGAGACUGCUUGCUAAUUGUGUAUCAGUUUGCCGCUGACGCUAAAGUUGCAGGCGUUGCUUCAAAUGUGUCUCAAGGGACAACACUUCAAGAUUCUGAAUUGAGGCAUGCGAACAUUAUACGAAGAACACCAGACCUUACGUCUCAACAAGCUUUAAGAGCAAGAAUGGCUAAGUAUUACAGGACCUCUCAGCCAGCAUUGGAGCAGUUAUAGGUAGGGACCGAGGAGUGAUGUUCGCUUUUGGCCCCGGAGGUCUAUGACCUUGCACAAUCAGAUUUGAAGCAAGGAAACAAUUCUGAGAUUUCUUAUGAAGAUGAAGACGAUCCAUUCGGGCUUACAUGACGUACAAACUAAGAAAUCGCCUCAAAUGGAAGCACGGCCAUUUCCUAAGUGGCGCUGGUCUCGCAAUGAAAUUUUCUCACAUUUUACUAGGAAGCGAAUGAAUUGGUGAUCAUACAAUUCUCUAGGUUUAUUUAUGAGUGGCUUGUACAGUCUUAAAUCAAACAUGAAAAUUCAGUGAAGCACUUGUUUAUGUGCCUUCGACUUUGUAAUUUUCUUAUAGUUUUGUUAUACAGUUUACGGGACGCACACCUUCAUUGACUUUCCCCUUGAAAUUUUCGCGGUCUUAUUAGUUAUUCUCCCGUCUAGCUGCUGUAUAUUUUCUCGCAAAUUCGGCAGGAGAAUUUAUUGUUGAAUCUACGCAAAAACCCUCAAGCUGGAUAGGUUUUCUUUUCUCGUCACUUUUUGGUGUAUUUUUGCUCUAAGGAGAAUUUACUUGUGACUAGCUUAGGAUUAAUGUGAUUAAUUUAACUGUGAGAUUUUAUCAUA